ACUUCUUUAUCACUUCCAAGUCCCAACUCCAACUGCAAACUCCUCACGCAUACACACGCUCACACAGAGGUUGGUAUAGAGAGAGGGGGGGUCCGGCGAACAAGGGCGAGGAGAGGCCACGGAGAUGAUGGAGAGGGCCGAGGACUUGGGGCUCAGUCUCAGUCUCAGCUCAUCACUUGCUCCUCGCACUCACCAUGUCUCCAAGCUGUUCCAUGCGCCAGAGAGGAGAUUCAUGGAGAUGCCGUUGCUCCCCGCAAAGAGGAGUAGCGAGGCUGCUGGCGACGAUUCAAGCCUACUUGGCGGCAGCGACGAGGAGGACGGUGGCUGCGGUGUAGACGGCUCCCGCAAGAAGCUCCGGUUGUCCAAAGACCAGUCCGCCGUGCUGGAGGACAGCUUCCGGGAGCACCCGACUCUAAACCCGAGGCAGAAGGCAGCGUUGGCGCAGCAGCUCGGGCUGCGGUCGCGGCAGGUUGAGGUGUGGUUCCAGAAUAGACGCGCCAGGACGAAGCUGAAGCAGACGGAGGUGGACUGCGAGUUCCUGAAGCGCUGCUGCGAGACGCUGACCGAGGAGAACCGGCGGCUGCAGAAGGAGGUGCAGGAGCUCCGGGCGCUCAAGCUCGUCUCCCCGCGCCACUACAUGCACAUGUCCCCGCCCACCACGCUCACCAUGUGCCCCUCCUGCGAGCGCGUCUCCAACAAGAACAACAACAACAAUAACAACAACAGCUCCGCUGCCGCCGACCGCCGCGGCGACGUCGCAAUCUGCCACCGCCCGAUCGCCGUCCGGCCGCAGCAGUCAUGAUCAACCUCGACAACCCAUAGCUUGAUCUAGUUCUAGUCUACUAGACAGUAGGCAUGUCAAAGCCACAACAGUUUGCGCAUUUAUUCAUUCGCGCAAACCUGUUGCAGUGUACUAGUCGAUCGUCGUUCUUAAUUUUUCUUUCUGGGGAGGACGAGUAUCAAUAAAUGUUUGUAGAACAGCAGCGGCAGCUAGCUAGCUUGCGGCUGAGGUGUUCCCGGGCGCGCGGGAGCUCAGCUGGGCGUAGGGAAUAUUUAGAGGAAGCUGGAUAUGGUGGGAUACGGGUGUAGGGGAGGUGGGGUGCAAGGGGAUGGCACGGCGGUUUGUUCUGUCUCGGCUGAUGAUGACGGCGAUGAUGAGAGGUCCAUCAGUCAGCUUCGUCUGGUGGACAGCCGUGUCUCUCAAGCUUAAUUCCAGCGAUUAAUCAACACGGAUAGGCAUGUGUGCAUCCACCUGGUCUACUCACCUUAAUUUAGGUGAUUACUGAUUAGUGUCUUCAGAAAGCAUGCACAUAUACUAUGCAGAGCUUUCUUAAGUUAGUUCUUUUUGCCGAUCGAUCCGUCAUGUAUACCUAAUUAAAAGAGGUUCGGUUAUCCACUCA